AUGGCUUCCAAAUGGUUUUUGGUGCCAGGCUUUCAACUUCCUCCAGCAGGAUCAUACAUUGCAAUUCGCGGCCUGAAGGAGGGCAGGUGGUUGCGUAUCCAAGGGUGUCAGGUUGGACACUCCUGGGGCGGGAACGACAACCUUGCAGAUGAGGCCAGAGCUGAGCGCUUCAAGCUGGGCACUGGCUCGGGCACACAUGCCUUACACAACACCGAAUGGAACCGGUACCUCAUCAUGAACGGUGGAUCUCUGCAGGUGAGUGAAGUCCUGAGUGAAUUUGAGUGGGCACGGCUCCCGGCAGGAGGGAGAUUCAGCUUUCAGUCGACUCCGUAUGGCCAUGCGAUUUGGAGUGCUCACAACGAGCGGUUCAUCAUCAACGAGUUCUCAGCCAUUAAAGUUGGCCCGGUUGAGGCGAUCACCGCAGGUUUGGGGAUUGGAGGACCACAAAGUGAUGUAUCAAAGUAUGAUUUUCGAGUGCUGCAUCAAACCUACACCAGGCCAUGUCCUAGUCUCCACACUUCGCAUGGAGCAAGCUGCAAAGCUGAUAUCAUUGGCAAGACCAUUGGUUUGUACAACACAUAUCAUGAGCGCUAUAUUCGGGUCAAAGAAGGUGGUUGGGCAGAUGCAUCAGCUGUCAUUCCAAGACACACCUUUCCAGGUUGGGAAUACUCGGUCCCACCGAACUUGCCAAAUGGCUGGACAUGGGAGAGAUUCGAAGUGGUGGAUGCGGGCAAUGGAAAUAUUGCUCUUCACAACAUUGAGCACAACCGUUUCCUCGCAAUGGAUGCUCAGGGCUUUAUCCGGGCCGGUGGACUUCGUGAUGCAGGUGAACUCAACUGCGAUGCCAGCGGCGGCGAGCACUUUACCUUGGUGGACUACGCUCCAAACGUUGCUCUCCACAAUCCACACUUUCAGCAUUUUGUGAAGAUGGACGGCUCAGCACUGGUUGUCCUCGGUCCUAUGGGCUUUGACCAGUUGCAGAGCUCCCACACAUGGGAGAAGUUUCUUGUGAAAACCGAGUCCUAUCAGAAAGAUGAUUGUCCGUAUCUCUACUUUCCAAAAGGAGCUAGCUGCAAGCCUUGGUUGAUGUCCCAGAAGGUGUCGUUCUACAACCCCUGGCACCAGCGCUUUAUGAAAAUGAUCAACAUCGAUAGUGCCGACUUGGUCACCACGCAUCAACAAGGAGCAGAUGAUUUGUGUGACUCCUGCGAUGAUGAAAGGUUCCGAGUAGUGGACGUUGGAAUGGGAAUGCUUGGCUUGUACAAUGAAAAGUUUGGGCGGUAUGUUCAAAUGACCGACACGCAGAAAAUGCGUUCCACCCACGUCAUGGCCAAGGCAGAUCUUCAAGGUGGCUGGCAGUGGGAGAAGUUCCAGGUGGUGGAUCUUGGGAACGGCAAAAUUGGCUUGCACAGCGGCUACUUCAAUCGAUUCGUGAUGAUGGACUAUCAAACAGUGAUUACGACAGCUCAGCAGUAUAAUUGGAAUUCACCCCCAACAGGUGAUUGGGAAAGGUUCACCGUCACCUACAGCGGCUAUGGUGACCACUGGACUCCAGAGCCGUGGGAAUAUUUUACCGAUCAAAGGUGCAAAGGCUUCCCGUACACCUAUGACGAGUGCGGGGGAAACUGCGAUGGCUGGUCUCAGAUCACACAGGCUGAAUGUCAAGCAAAGUGUGAGAAUGAUGAUAAGCCCGCGGGCUGUCAGCAGGACCAGACCUGCAUGGGUGCAGUCUAUUAUCCAAGCAACGGCUGGUGUCACCUGUACUCUAUUCGCCCAGAGACAGAGAGCUAUGUGGGUGCUGUAGCUAUCAGGAGAAAAGUCAGUCCUUUCAGUUUCCUCGAAGUGCACUCCUCUGUGACGAAGCAGAUUGCACUCCGCGGUGAGGCUGAGAUGGCUGAGAAGGAUGGUCUUGAGAAGCUACAAGAGCUGGCCGUGUCGCUUCCCAUCGCCCUCGUCAACUUGACCAAUUACUCUGGGCUGAUCAGCAGCGGCAAAAAUGUGACGCAUCUCAACAUCGCGUACCGCUUUGGCAACUAUUCAAAGGAUCUUGAGCUAUUAUAUGAUAAAACUGCCGGAUUCUAUGGUGCCUUGCAUGAGGUCAUGGGUGAGGAUGCCAACAAGUAUUGCCCUCUAAAAGAUUGGACUCACAUAGAGCAGUGCAUCAGAAUUGCAAGUUGCCUCAUCGAGCCAGCGGUAGAGGCUGGUAAGCUUCCCAUUGCCUUCUUGGUGGCGAUCAUGGAGCAACUCGCCAGCUUUGACAUCAUUUGGAACAUGCUUACCGAAGCUUUGAUCAAGGAGUCAAACAUCAACCAGACAGCUCCCGGUCAAUUCCCGCCAGAAAAAUACAGGUGCGACAUGUUCGACAAGUUGGAUGCCACAAGCUUGGAGAAUCAUGAGGACACUGCUGCGGUGCGUUCGGCCUUUUCAACGUCUGCAGCCUUGGACAAGGCCACCCGGGAGUCUCAUCAAAUUCUGAAUUCUUUGACAUCCUCAGACAAUGUGUCGCAUUCGGUUGUGAAGCGCUGGGAGGAAACUUGGUAUCCUGUAUGUGUGAGGAUGAAGUGUGACCACACGAACUACUGGGAUGUUGCUUUAGCCAGCUACAAGCAGACCCUACUCUUCAUGAAAAGUGGAGCGCUCUCUCAUUUGAAGGCUGAGAUUAUCAACCGCGCUACUUUGCAACGGCGCUUCCAAAGUCAUCUCUCAGAACACCCAGUGCUGGUGCAACUUUGGCGCCGCGAGGCGCAAGCUUCCUCUCUGGAGGCUGCGCAUGCCUAUGGCCUUGCUGGCAACAAGGCUGUGAAACGAGUUCUGAAAAAGUUUUUUGAAUCACCUGGCGGAGUCUCGAAGAUGAUGAAGCUUGUCGACCGCGUGGAGUUUGAGAAAUGGCAGCGAACCAAAGCUGAAGCUGAAGAUGCUGAAGCUCAUGGAGAAGCUACACCGUUGCGCCAGGUGUCCAACCAGUCACUUGCCCAUCUUGCACUGUUGAGCACACGAAGUGAAGGGAUCUGGGAUUUCUUUGAGGCAAUGGUCGAAUGUUUCGGGAAGUGGUCGCUGUGGUAUGCUGAGGGCUACUACAAAGCUUUGGGCUCCUAUGGCUCGGUCUCCUUUGGCUGGUCCGGUGGCAGUGCAGGCGCCUUCGAAAGCUUGGUCAAGGAGCUGGUGGUUCCUUCAGCUUUCGUCUCGGUUUGGGCUGCUAUUGGCGUUGGCUUGAGUGCAUCAAUACCUGGUUACCUUCCGAGUGCUUGGAUUGGGCUCAGUGCCUCCAUUUCUGCGAGCCUUGGCUGCUCGAACAACGUCGAAGUCGCGCUCAGCGUUGGAGCGAUGGCAGCAGGGAGGGAACCAAAUCUGCUUUGA